AAAAGAUCUAUACAGUUUUCAUCAUAUUGAACUAUUGAUAUAUGUUCUUAUAAAUUAUUCGGACCCUGACCUACCCUGAAAGUUUUAAGUUACCUAGUUCACUCCGUUCGGGAGUUAUUGUGUACACACUGUACACAGACUGAAUAUGUUUUGACCUUGAAUUCUUAAUCAUGAAGGCAAGCUGUUUUUAGGUCUUCGUUCUGGAGUUAUAUCAUAUUUAGGGCAGGGCGGACGGACAGAAUCGAAUUUGAGUCGGAUUCGUCGUCAGUUGAACUUUUUUAUUUUUAUUAUUCUAUUUCCGGCUCAAAAUUCGAAAACUACAGACAUUGUAAAGAAAUGAUGGAACGAUCAAUCAUAAGAAUGAGCACUGAAAAAGAAAUAUUAAAUCACUUAGGGUUGCCAUCUUGCUUCAUUGGAAAUACCCCAGAUGAUGCCAAAUAUUGCACCAAAAUGAUGAUAAAUCUCCCAAAUUUUUAUAUGUUGAUUUGUAACAUUACUGAACGUCAUUCUCAAUCUUAUAAUUGUAAAAAUAUUUUUUUUUUCGGAUGGUGCACCCGAAUUUCAUUGAAUGAAAGCGAACUGUAAGAAUUGUUGAAAUGGGCAAUCUAUUUCUCAAUUCAUCUUUCAUAAUGUCGACUAAAGAAAAUGCUCUUUCUACAGUUGCAUUUGUAAGAAUGAAGUGAUAGAAGAGCUAAAGCAAGAUUGGAUACUUAUCCAAACCGUGGCUCUUCUAGAGCGUUUUUAUAAUGAGCAAUACAAAAUUCUUCAAGUCUUUUUCUAAUCCAUAUAAUGGAAUGCCUCCCACUCACUUUUAGGGAAAUCCCCGUGUUGAUAGAAAAAAGGGAGGGUGGGGGAAGAUAUCUGAUUUGAGAAUUGUAAUGAUGGUCCAGCAUACAUCGUAAUUCGUUGUUUCAUAAUCUUGUGCUAGAAUUUCCUUUAAUGAUAGUAAUGAAGUUUAGCAAAAAAUUCAAAAUCUAAAUAAUAUAUUAAUAUAUUAUUUAGACAAUAUUCCAUGGAGAUAUUAUUUAGACAAUAUUCCAUGGAGUAUUUUUUGGGGGUUUCAGUUUUUUCCCUGGGGAAAAAUACUCCAUGGAAUAUAUUGUCCCUCAAAUUUUCCCCAAAGUGUCCAAAAACCCUCCAAAUUUGGGGGAAAUACCCCAACAUGGCAACCCUGAAACCUCUCGAACCAGUGGAUAAGUGGAUAGCGGAUGUUGCAUGAACUAUCCAGCAAAUAUUGAAAACAUUCAGGAAACUGCAUUACCAACAAUAUAGCAAACUAUAAAUAUGCAAAGAUAGGCGCGACAUUUGUAGUCUCUGUGCUGGAUAAUAUUUUUGAUGCCGGAAAUUAUCAAGAUAACAUUUUUUAUAAUUCAACAUUAUUAAUGAACACUUUACAAUAAAAUUCGAAUUUUAAAGUUCUAUAAUUUUUCUGGAUCCCUGCGCACACUCCUGUCGAGUCUCCUGAAAAUCGAUUUCAAGCUUUCAUUAUUCGUUAGGAAUUAUAUUCAUUUCUCUUUUUCAAAACUCACACACCAUGAAGAAAAAAAAUAUUCUAAUGCAAUAUUAUUGUGUUGUGCUCUUUGUAAUAUAUCUAUCUCAAGAAAAAUUGCGUUUCGAAGUAAAUUGAAUAAUUUUAUAAAUUAUGUCAUGUCAUAUAUAAAAAAUAGAAUAAAAUAGCCGGUGUUUAUUGUUGAUAGUGUCUCUACUUAGAUGGUUUGUUUGUGUUGUAGAGCAUAACAUCAUAAGAUGAAUGUUGAUGUUGAUUGUAACAGUUUUGAAGUGUGUGUUUACUCUAAAUAUUCUGAAUUGUGUGACUAAUUUUUAGAACAUAUGUGCUCAAUAUUCUUCUGCUUGUUAAGGCCUAAUUGUCAUAAUUAACAUGUUGCUAAGAUGGAGAUUAAGCUCAAUUUGUAGUGAAUGUAAUUAAGCCAUAUUAGCUUUACUGGACUCGAAAAUGCUAAUUGUACAAGUGCGAUGACCUUUCCAGAGGUUAAUCCCUAGACGUUCUUGUUUAGUGACCCACAGUGAGGAUUCCUGUUUUGACUGCACCAUCAUCUUCACCUCAAAGAAUUUUAAAUGAAUGCCCACCUGACUCAAAAUGGAGAUAUGGGAAGGCUUCGAUGUCCAGCUCCAAUCUCCAGGCUAAGGGUGGAAAAGAUCGAGGGUGGACUUAUGGUAGCAGGUGUCGUUAUUGCAAACAACUGUCAGAUUAUUCUGCCUAUAUUUGGAUUUUUAUUCACGUUGGUGGGGAUUGUUUUAACCGCUGCUGCCUACAGAGGUCCUGCAGAAGAUGAACCUCCGGAGAAUUAUGCAGAUAGACUUCAGUUUACAGACAACGCCCGCAAAUUAGGACCAGGCUGUAUAGUCGUAGGGAUUGUGAUGUUGAUUGCUGGGUUUUCUUUGUGUGUACUGACCAAACGAGCUAGGAGAAAACAACAGACUGUCGGCUUUCACUGCCCUCUACAUGGGGACUUCUAUCCUCUGAGUCCAGGGAUCAGCACCAGAACACUUACAUUCAAGAGCGAGCGGAAAUGCCUCUGCUGGCCGAGGAAAAGGGGACCGGGGGCCGUGGCGGUAGGCCCCCCUCAAUGCCCUCACAGCCAGGUAUCAAGCAAGAGGAGUUCGUUGGCUAGCUCGCCUCUCAGCCAAUGUCCUACACCGCUACCAUUUCUAGUCAAAUCGGGAUCGGUAAGUGGCCUUAUCAUCCCCUCAGCUCAGCUUUCACCAGACCCUCAAUUUGGAUCCCUGCGAUCUUUAGAACCACGUGAAGUGGCCAGUUUUCCCUUAUCAAGGACUCCAACUCCACCUCCUAUUCGUGAAAGUUUUGCUCCAAACGGAAACGUGAUACAUGUUGCAGACGAGGAGAGUUUGGUGAAUUCACAAUUCGAAUCGGUACCAGUUGAAAGAACUGGACCUAGAAAAUCUGUAUCAAUUCUCCUACCACCCGAUAAUGAAGUGUGAUCAUCGUUGCUAAUGGAAAAAUUAAAUUAUUGACAAGAACACCAGAUAUUCGAUGGAAUUAAUUGAUGAAAAACAAGAUUUACAUUCAAUGAUUAAUUUUUAUCUAUAGAAUUGAAGAUUUUAUUGACUAAUGGUUUCGAAAUCUUUUGUAUGAAUAUUGUUCACUAUUUAAUAUUAGUACAAACCCCACUAUCGGUUUAUGUUAGGUAAUAGGUUUGCGUAUGUAAACUUUUAUUUUAUAUAUUUUUGUAAACUAUUGUGAUAUUUUGAAGUUUGUUUUUACGCAUUCAUCAUCAGUAUGGGAUAAUUGAGAAUAUAUGGCAUAAUUGAUACUUUUCAGCUUUAAUUAGCCAAAAAAAAUGGAAAUUUACGUUAUGAUGAUCUACUAGUAUUAUAUCUUUGUGAAUUGAGCAAUAAGAAAGGUAAACUAAUUGUAAAAUUCAAAUUGAUUAAUUGUGAAUGAGCUCGAAAAGUAUUCAAUUUGGUGUCCAAUAAUUUUAAGACUGAAAAACGUAUAUAGCAUUGUAAUCUAUUAUUUAAAUAUGUAGAAAAUUAGUUUAUUAUUUUUUACAUAUCAUAUUUAGACGAAUCAUUUGAGUUAUGGUGUCUUAAAUUUUGAUUAGGAAAACUAUCUAUUAGUAUUAUUUAUUUGUUCUUUGAGAAAAAGAUUUUCAAGUAUUAAAUUAAUUGAACAAAUACAAUAUUUCAUCAAGUGUUAAGACGAGUACAGCUCAAGUUGUUAUAAAACUAAGGAUCUUAUUAUUAUAGUAAAUAUAAUUACCUAUGUGAUGAGUUCAAUGAAGAAUAUAACACCAAAUACACAGUUUGUAAACUGACAUGAAAGGUUUUGUUUAGAGGGUGAUUUUCUUUGAAAACUACAUUUGAUUGACCAAAAACAAUGUUGGGUUAUGAGGAUAAAAGAUCAACAUUUUGAAUAUUCAACGAAAUAAUUUUUUCUGAUUCAUUAUUCUCCGAUUCAAAACAUGUUUCAAUAUGAAUUAUUAGAAUUCCAAUGAUAUUUUUAAAAUGGCUAGAAAUAAAUCAUUUUAUAAAUCGAUUUACCUCAAAACGCUCAACAAUUUAGUAUUUCGAAUACUUUUACAAUGUUGCCUAGUGCUCAUGAAUGGCUUUUUUGUGGACCAUUUACGUGGGUCGUCUACAAAUAUGUAAAGCAUUUGGGUCCACACUGUGCCAAUUUUCGGUAGUUGAUCUAUGAAUCCUAUCUGAGCAUUUUCAAUUUCUUCAAAUCUCUUAUCACAAUAUUCGUUCAAUUUUCUAUUUUCGAAAUAGAUAUCACAAAGCUGCAAUCCUCACAUUACUUUAAGAAAAUGCUGUGAAAUACUUAAAAGACAAGCUAAUUCUGUUUCUUAUGUAUAGACUACAGUUAAUUAAACACCUGAAAACAUUGUACACAAUGUUGAAUAAAUAAAAAAAAUGAACUCAAAA